AUGGAGGGCGCCACCAAGGGAGAAUUAGUUGGUGCAAAGAGAGGAAGGGGCAGACCCCCAGGGGGCAGGGAUGCCACCAAAGAAAAAAAGAAAAAACCAGCAGACAUAGGGGAGGAGAGAGAGAGGAAGAUCACAGACUGGACACAGAAAGGAGAUGGAGAAGAAGAAGGGGUAAAAAGGACGAAUGAGGAAAGAAGGGGGACGCAAUUACAGAACGACACACCGGUGGCCAGUGGAGAAAUCAGAUGCGGGAAUCAACUGAUGAGAACCCCGGUGAAAACAAAAGAGGGGGCCACACAGAAGGAGGCAGAGGGGGAGGGAGAGCAAAAAGAGACAGAACAAGGGAAAGAAACAACGAGGGAGGAAAAGGAGAACACACAGUCUUGGGUACAGGACGAUGAAAAUGCAGGGGCCGGGAUGACGGCACUGGGAAACUCGAACGGGCAGGAGAACGGAGGAGAUGAGGGAGAGGCAGGAGCUGUCAAAAACAGCAACAGAGAGAGAGGCGAGGAAAGGUUAAAAGAGAUAAAGCACUGGGAGGAGAUGGAAUGGCGAAUGGAGAAAAAGUGGGAAAAAUGGACCGAAAGACAAAAGGAAAGAGAGGAAGAGAGAUGGGAAAUUGUCUUCGCAACCCUGGAAGAAAUGACGAGAAGAGAGUUUAAUAGGGAACGGGAACACACAGAGCGACAGGACAGGAAAUGUCUGAACUGUGACUCACUGGGAAGAAAACUGGAGGAGGCCCAUGCGGAGAUAAGAAAGAGGGAGGAACAGGUAAACUUCUGGAGAAAUGAGUCACUGGGAUGGCAGAAAAGAGCACAGUCGAGGAGUAACAAAAUAGGACAGGAGACAGAGGAAGAGGAGGGAGGCAAUAGGAGGAACGAAAGAAAGGGGGGGAAACUGGAUAGCCCAGAAGAACCCGACCUCAAUGAAGAGCCGACCUCAACACAAAACACGGGGAGGCAAAGAGGGACGAGGGGUUGGGAGAAACUGACGGGAGAUGGGAGUACAGGAGAAACAUCACAAACAGGCCAAAGGGAGGAGAACAAGAGAGGGGCAGAACACAAAAAUAGGCAGGAAGAGCAGGAGGAACAGGCGAAGGAGGGCCAGGAAGAGUUUCCAAACAAACUGGAACCAGAAGAAUGGGAGGAGGAGAGAAAAGAGAGGAGGGAAAGGCGCAAGUGGAUCAAAAUAAGAGGAUUGGAAUUAAGAACGAAGCAGAAGAAAGAAGCAAUGGAGGACUGGUUCUUGGAAAAUCUGCAGGAAAAGGUGAGAGUCGACAAAAUAGAAAAAAUAGAGGGGAUAGAGGGAAAGAACGGGUGGAGAAUAAAGCUGGAAGAGAUGGAGAGCAAGAUAAGGAUCCUGAAGAGGAAGAAAGAACUGAAAGGCCUCCGGUCGUCGGUCUGGAUAUUUGACGACAUGACGGAGAGACAGAAGAUCAUCCAAGCAUGGAUAGAGAAGCAGUCAGUCAAGUGGGAAAAAGCCGGAAAAUUCACAAAGGUAGGCUUUCAAAAAUUAAACGUGGAAGGGGACUGGCUAACAUGGGACGAGGAGCAGCACGGAAUGAGGCUAUGGAAAAAUAGCUACGAAAGGAGAGAGGAGAGAUUUCGAGAAGGAAACAAGAGAAGAGGAUCAGCAUGA